GGUCCCUCCCACACCAACCCUCCGGGAUAAAGUUCUCCACUCUGACUGAGUUCCUGCCUCUGCUCACUGCUGCACAGGGAAGCCAAGACUUCACACCCGUUCCAGGCUUUGCCUCAGUAAAGCUUCUAGCACUCUCCUUGGUCCCAGCUCUGGAUCUGUCUGGAUCCUGGUGUCUCAGUUUCCCUUCAGACAGCCCCAGAGGCCCGUGUUUGUUCAAGUGUGACAAUGAUAUACGAAAACCUCCAGAACUCGAGGAGCGAGGAGAAAACCCAAGAGCUUGGUAAAGCAGCUCCUCCUCAGUCCUUCCUGUGGCGCAUCCUCUCUUGGACCCACCUCCUCCUGUUCUCCCUGGGCCUCAGCCUCCUGCUGCUGGUGGUCAUCUCCGUGAUUGGAUCCCAAAAUUCCCAGUUAAGGAGGGACCUGGGCACCCUGAGAGCCACUUUAGACAACACCACCUCCAAGAUAAAGGCUGAACUCCAGUCCCUGGACUCCAGAGCUGGCAGCUUCGAAAAAGGGAUCAGUUCUCUGAAAGUGGAUGUGGAGGAUCACAGGCAGGAACUGCAGGCAGGCCGAGGCUUGAGCCAGAAGGUGACUUCUCUGGAGAGCACAGUGGAGAAGAGGGAGCAGGCUCUCAAAACAGAUCUGUCUGAUUUAACCGAGCGUGUGCAACAGCUGAGGAAGGACUUGAAGACCCUGACGUGCCAGCUGGCCAACCUCAAGAACAACGGCUCGGAAAUGGCCUGCUGCCCGCUUCACUGGACGGAGCAUGAAGGCAGCUGCUAUUGGUUCUCUGAGUCUGAGAAGUCGUGGCCUGAAGCCGACAAGUACUGCAGGCUGGAGAAUUCUCACCUGGUGGUGGUCAACUCCCUGGAGGAGCAGAAUUUUCUACAGAAUCGCUUAGCCAAUGUGGUUAGUUGGAUCGGCCUAACGGACCAAAACGGGCCCUGGCGAUGGGUAGAUGGGACCGACUUUGAGAAAGGCUUUAAGAACUGGGCCCCAGAGCAGCCAGAUAACUGGUAUGGACACGGACUGGGAGGAGGUGAGGACUGCGCCCAUAUCACUACAGGUGGUCCCUGGAAUGAUAAUGCCUGCCAAAGAACCUUCCGCUGGAUCUGCGAGAUGAAGUUGGCCAAGUAGAGCUCGGAGCUCUCGCCAAGUAAUUUAUUUCUUGAGUGAUUUCAGCUGCUUAAGCCUGGAGUUUGGAAUCCUCCUACCUGGUCUCAAUAUUGUUGGGGACUUCCCCCCUCCCCCAAGAAUUUUAAGGCAAGAAGAAAGGAUUGUGUUUGAGCUGGGUAGUGCUGUGUUUGGAAGAAUGAGGUGUUGAAAUCUGUGAUAUUUUGUACAGUGUGCAGCUUAUA